GCGUUGCAGUGCUCGCAGAUGUGAGGUUUGCUGCCCGGCGACAUGCUGCCCCCGUCGCCGUCCGCCAUCAUGGACUAUAAACAACAUUCAAACGUAUAAUCAGCGACGUCUGCCUUCAAAUUUCGGAACCUGCGAUUAAGCUUGGCCUCUUGUCCGUCGCUGUUCAACCUGCGACCUUUCUUCCCAGUGGGCUCCUUUCCUAAGUGACUCGGCAGCUGCAGCGACCACAAAAGGAGGACGGCUUCUUCAGUUUUUCAGUUCACAGCUCCCGCGCGGCCCCGAACCCGGCCCGGCGGACUUCUCGGAAGCGUUCAGCGAAGUGUCCCCCGUGCGUAAAAAAGUGCAUGGCGCCUUUCGCGCGGCACCGCAGGUGAACCGGAGACCAGGAUGGAGUGAGUGAGUGAGUGAGUGAGUAGUCGCUCGCUUGGCUUGGGAAGCAGCUGAGAUGGCGGCACUUCGCAGGAAAUUCGGCGAGGACUACCAGGUGGUCAGCACCAAUCGGGCCGGAGGAGGCGGAGGCGGAGGGGGCGGCGGCGGCUUCUCGGCGCCGGCGGCCAAGAAGAAGCGGCAACGCUUCGUGGAGAAGAACGGCCGCUGCAACGUGCAGCACGGCAACCUGGGCGGCGAGACCAGCCGCUACCUGUCGGACCUGUUCACCACCUUGGUGGACCUCAAGUGGCGCUGGAACCUGCUCAUCUUCAUCCUGACCUACACGGUGGCGUGGCUGGUGAUGGCGUCCAUGUGGUGGGUGAUCGCCUACAUCCGCGGCGACCUGCAGCAGCACGCCCGCGACGCCUCUUACACGCCGUGCGUGGCCAACGUCUACAACUUCCCGUCCGCCUUCCUCUUCUUCAUCGAGACCGAGGCCACCAUCGGCUACGGCUAUCGCUACAUCACCGAGAAGUGCCCCGAGGGCAUCAUCCUCUUCCUCUUCCAGUCGCUGCUGGGCUCCAUCGUGGACGCCUUCCUCAUCGGCUGCAUGUUCAUCAAGAUGUCGCAGCCCAAGAAGCGCGCCGAGACGCUCAUGUUCAGCCAGGACGCCGUCGUCUCGCAGCGGGACGGCCGCCUCUGCCUCAUGUUCCGCGUGGGCAACCUGCGCAACAGCCACAUGGUGUCGGCGCAGAUCCGCUGCAAGCUCAUCAAGUCCCGGCAGACCCCGGAGGGCGAGUUCCUGCCCCUGGACCAGUGCGAGCUGGACGUGGGCUUCGGCACGGGGGCCGACCAACUCUUCCUGGUCUCGCCGCUCACCAUCUGCCACGAGAUCAACCCCAAGAGCCCCUUCUUCGACCUGUCGCAACGUUCGCUCACCAGCGAGCAGUUUGAGAUUGUGGUGAUUCUGGAGGGCAUCGUGGAGACCACCGGCAUGACGUGCCAGGCCCGCACCUCGUACACCGAGGACGAGGUCCUGUGGGGCCACCGCUUCCUGCCCGUGAUGUCCCUGGAGGAGGGUUUCUUCCGAGUGGACUACUCGCAGUUCCACAGCACCUUUGAGGUCCCCACGCCGGCGUACAGCGUCAAAGAACACGAGGAGAAGAAAUCCCUGCCGUCGCCCAUGUCCACGCCGGCGCUGACCGAAUGCCAGGGGGCCCGCCGUGAUCGCGUUUUCUCAGUGGACUGCAUCAACGCGGCGGCGGUGGCAGCGGGCAGGGGUGGCGCGGGACGGUUGCCCAGUAAGCUGCAGAGAAUCAGUUCAUCCGGGAAGGAGGACCUCCAGAGGAAGGUACUGAUGCUGACCUCGCAGCACUCGGAGAAGGCGUGCAGUACCGGGGAUCUGCCGCUCAAGGUUCAGCGGCUCGGAUCCUCGUCCGGCCCUGACAACUCGCUCAAGGUGGGGUUCGAACCCAUGACCCAGUCCACCGGGGAUCUGUACCAGCACAGCCUGAUGCCCACCUUGUGCCCGCCGCACCCCCCCGCGCACAGCCCCCUGCUGUCGGCGACCAGGAGGCCCGAUGACAACCUACCGGCCAAGCUGCGCAAGAUGAACCGCUGAAGACGUCGAGUCUGGCUCAACGAAAGUCCUUAAACUGACUGACUUUCCAACUGACAAUACUUUGCACAACAAAAAUGUGGCGCUACGCAAA